GGUGGGGUCGGCGGUAGCCCCGCCCACUUGGCUGCGCGUGCGCAGACGCUGCGGGAGGCGGCGGUAUGAGCUCCACGGUGCCUUCGGGGUCUUUGGUGGCCUCCCUCUGGAGAGCAACAAGAUCCUCCCUUCUGAAUCAUUCUUUGAGGAAGGUGAGUUAUGGAGAAGGAAAAUCUGAACUUGGGAAGCAACCUCUUAAGAAGUCCAAGUUGCCAGUGGGUCGUUUUGAUGCGCCCGAGGACUCGAACUUAGAGAGGGAGCCACUCAAGAAGUUUCCAGAUGAUGUUAAUCCAGUUACCAAAGAAAAAGGUGGACCCAGGGGCCCGGAGCCCACACGCUAUGGAGACUGGGAACGGAAAGGACGCUGUAUCGACUUUUAAGUCACAUUCUUUAACUGCAGAAUCAUUUUCUGAAUGGUUUACUUCACAUUUUUCUUUCUCUAUAUCCUUUAAGCCAUGUGAUGUUCAUUGUGUGUUUUAAAUUACAUGACAGCUGUGAAGCUAUAUCUAGGAAGUGGAAACACUUGUCCGUUUGCACAUGGUAACUUUAAGUGUGUUGGGGUAGAGAGGGCUGCAAGCCUUUGCCGUGAUCUUUAUCGAUUCAAUCAGUUGCUUAUAAAAUGCACAUAUAAAUACAUAAUUUUUGAAGAUUGUCUUUAGAUUGGUAUUUUAUUUUGUAUGUGUGAGUGUUUCUCAUGCAUGUAAGUAUGAGCUUUGUGCCCAUGAAGGCCAGAAGAAGGCAUCAGAUCCCCUGGUACUGGAGUUAGGGGUUGUUGUGAGUCACCCUGUGGGUGCUGGAAACUGAACCCAGAUCCUCUGCAAGAGCAAGUGCUCUAAACCUCUGAGCCAUCUUUCCAGCCCCUGACAUUUAAUGUAUAUUAUUUUUAACUAUGUUUAUACAUGUAUGUCUGUGUAUAUGUGCAUGUGAGUGCAGUUGCCCUAAGAAGCCAGAAGAGGGCGUCAGAUUUUCUGGAGCUGUAGUUACAGGCUGUUGUGAGCCUCCUGACCUGGGCGCUGGGAAUCAAACUCACGUUCUCUGCAAAAGCAGUACUCUCUGCCUUUAAUCCCAGCACUGGGGAGGCAGAGGCAGGCGGAUCUCUGUGAGUUCAAGGCCAGCCUGGUCUCCAAAGUGAGUUCCAGGAAAGGCGCAAAGCUACACAGAGAAACCCUGUCUCAAAAAAACAAAAACAAAAAAAAAAAAAAAAGCAGUACUCUCUCUUAACCACAGAGCCAUCUUCCCAGCCCCAAGAAAAUAACUUUUCCAUGACUGUUGCUAUGACUACGUGUGCUGAUUAGUUUUUGUCAAUUUUGCAUAAGCUGGAGUCAUUUUGGAAGAGGGAACCUCAGUUAAAAAAAUGUUUCCUGGGCUGGAGAGAUGGCUCAGAGGUUAAGAACACUGGCUGUUCUUCCAGAGGUCCUGAGUUCAAUUCCCAGCACCCACAUGGUGGCUUACAACCAUCUGUAAUGAGAUCUGGCUCCCUCUUCUGGCCUGCAGAAAUACAUGCAAACAGAACUUUGUACACAUAAUAAAUAAAUAAAUCUUAAAAAAAAAAAAAAAAAGAAAAGAAAAAGUUUCCAUCAGAUUGACCUGUGGGCAAGUCUGUGAAGCAUUUUUGGUUUUUUGUUUUUUGCUUAAUGACUGAUGUAGGAGGGCCCAGCCUACUUUGGACAGUGCUACCAUUGGGCAGGUGGUCCUGGAUUGUAGGAGAAAGCAACUUGAGCUAGCCAUGGAGAGCACGUUGCCAAACUGCUUCCCUCUGCUUCAGUUCCUGAUCUGCUUACCCUGCUUUCCCUUCGUGAUGGACUAUAAACUGUAAGAUGAAAUAAACUCUUUCCUCUCCA